AUGUUCAACAGAAGCCUAAAUGGUGGAUCUCUGUUUGGCAAUGCGAACACUUCGACACCAACUUCGACACCAACACCGGCAGCCAAUACUUUUCCAAUGCCCUCAAAGCCAGAGAGUAUUUUUGGAAGCAAAAACACUGGGAUAAACGCGUCCAGCCCAAGUCCAGCAGGUGGUCUAUUCAAUUCAAACUCUCAAGGAAACAACAACGGUGGUUUAUUUGGGAAAAGCAAUAAUUCCCCUUCCUCCUCUCUGUUUGGAAAUCAGAAUAACAACACCGCUCCACAGGGUACUGGAAACUUGUUUUCGCAGUCCAAUGACAAACCUCAGUUCUCUUUCGGGCCCAGUAAUUCUGCUGCACCUCCUAUAAGGCAAACCGGUACUAAUAGUCUUUUUUCACCUGCGACCACAGAAACGAAAUCUUCCACUUUGUUUUCUAGCUCUGUCCCAAUAGCACAGACUAGUGGACUUUUUGGUAAUACACAAGCUUUACCAGCAGGUGUAAACUCCGGACUAACUAGCGGUACAACACUGUCAUCCGAGCCUACUAAUGUAUACGCCUCUAAGAAUCCAUAUGGAAUAAAUAUAGGCAGUGGCCCCAUUCCAAUUUCAAGUAUGCCGGCCUCUAUAACAGGAUCUUUGUCAUCUGAUAAACACAUUUCGAAACCCACAUCCGAAUCUGUAGCCAAUAGCUCCUCAGAAAGCCGCAGGACAUAUUCUGUAUCUUCAACUAAUUCAAAUUUUACCAAUGUGCAUUCGUCAGUCCCUGCUGCAACAGAAUCUGGCUUGAUUAAGAAACUUAGUACGAGGUUGCAAACUGGUCAAAAAUCCUCUUCAACUCAAGGUAUUUUUUCACCAUUUCACACAAGGACUUGGGCCAUUGAGGACCAAGCAACUUCUUCGAGCAAGAAUGCUUUUAACGGUCUACAAGUUAGUAACUCAGUCAAGAACGGCGUACCGGCUGGCGACUUUUCAUCUUUGACUUCUAAGAAUAGUGGUCUUUCUGACAUGCGUAAACUCAAAAUUGAUCCCACCAGAAGUAGUGCAAAAAAGCUCAGACUAUUUAAUGGAAAGCCGAUUCAGAAAAAAGUGCAUGAAACUGAAAGCGUAGGCCACGAUGAAAAAGACGUGCCUACAGCAGAAACCGGGAGCGUCAACAAUAGCGAAUCUUAUUCCAAUGGUAGCAACUGCGACAGAAAUCCAAAACUCAAUGAAGAGUCUACAGGUGAGAACAAUACAAGAACGACAGUUCACAUGACCCUACUUGACUCAGGCUACUGGUGUUCUCCGCCACCAGACCAUCUUGCAACGUUAUCUCCUUCACGGUUAAUGGCUGUUUCAGGUUUUGUGAUAGGUAGGAAGGACUAUGGUUAUAUUACAUUUAAUUAUGACGUAGAUUUAACAGCGUUUGCAAGUGAUUUCAAAUCGGAGUUGUUUGGCAAAGCGGUUAUUUUUCGUCCUACUAAGACAGUCGAGGUUUAUCCUGAAGAAUCAAAAAAAGCUCCAAUAGGUAGUGGUCUUAAUGUACCUGCAACAAUUACUCUUGAAAAGGUUUAUCCGAUAGAUAAAAAGACAAAAAGGGCCAUAAAAGAUGCAGCUAGAUUUGAUGAAGUGCAAGCACUGGUAAGAAAAUUGAAAAACAUGAGAAAUAUGGAAUAUAUAUCUUAUAAUCCAUUUGGCGGUGUCUGGACUUUUAAAGUGAGCCAUUUCAGUAUUUGGGGGUUAAUUGACGAAGAGGAUGCUGAGGUUGAUGAAAAUGACCUUGCUGAAGGAAAAACCGAUAACAUUAAAGAAAGGAAUUUAAUUUAUCCGAAGCAAAGACGGGGACUUGCGCAAUCCAAUCGCACCCAAAAAAAUGAUGUGCCUGGCAGUUUUUCCAAUACGAAUACUGUCCUCACGUCAGAAAAAAAAAUACAGGACGAUCUGUUGAAGCUCCAAGACCAGAGCCUUAUGGAUUUGAACAGGGAUCCCAUUGUGUGGAAUGAAGAGGCCCCCGUUGAGGAGAAACUUUACGAGCCUGACGUUGAGGAAGAGGAUUUUGUGGGACUAGAAGCUGAGCCGUCACUAGAGAUUUCCAAUGACUGGACACAGCAACUGAAAUUAGCGGGCUCAAGCUUGCGAUCAAUUUUUGUGGCUUCUAAAGAUAUCGUUACCCAGAAUAAUAAUGAAUUAGACAUGUUGUUUAAUGAGUUCAAUCAAGGGAUGAAAUUAGAAAGAAAAAUAAAGAAAGAAAGAAGACUAGAGUCGGAGUCUUUCUCCCAUUUUUCCACUGACAUGAGUAUAUUAAAAAGAUAUCCAAAUUGUGAAGCAGGUGCUAAAAGAAUUUUCUUGUCAUCUACAAGUAAAAUAAAUUGUGACUUGAUAUCUUCUGUAGUCACCAAACACAUUAAUCUCAGUGCAAUCACAGAAAGGGCUUCUAAUGACUAUCCGCAAAUCAGAAGAAACUCGCUUCAAUUCCAUGAUAUGGCUAGGCUCUGCAGAAAUUCAGACAUGAAGUUAUGGGAACUUUGCUCCAUUCUGUUUGAUUCUACCAAAAUUAGUUAUCAGGUGAACAACGAGUCAGUUAAGGCAGCUCUGCUGAAAAAGGAAAAGCACAAAGCUCUUUGUUCAUGGGUCACUGAAAAUGUGCGCGCAGAAAUUGACUCAAAACUUGAAACUACUACAAAUACUCUCGACAGAAUAUUUCUCUAUCUAGCAAAGAACGAUGUCGCAGCCGCUGCAAAGUUAGCGAUAAAGACUCAAAAUGGUCAUCUAGCAAUUUUGAUCUCAUUACUUGGAUCGAACGAUGGUCGUAUUAGAAAUCUGGCGGCUCAACAGCUGGACAAAUGGAGUUUUGCUGGGAGGAAAGUUGACCCACGCAUUGGCCGCAUCUAUAAGCUACUUACUGGAAAUAUCUACGAGAACAAACUUGAGUGGGAUAAUUUGAGCAGUGAUUUUAGUUGGUUGGUGUUACUCGGCCUUGACCUCUACUAUGGAAAAAUUGACGAAGAUUCGUUGGAAGAUUUUAUUUAUAGACAUAUCAAGCUUUCUCGACCUGAAGGAAAAGACAUCCGACGUACGAUCUUCCAGCUGUUUAGCAUACACACCUGCCCUGAAAAAUUCAUUGAGGAAGUAAAGAUUGCCGUCAAAAAUCUUGAAAAGACUUUUCUUUGGUAUUUUCUUCAAAUAAUGAGAUUUAAUAAAUUGGGUGACCUGUCUCCCGAAAUAAAUGAUAAGUUGACAUUCGAACUCAUCGGGGAAUUACGAAUUGCCCAAUUAUACAAAGAAGCAAUAUUUACUGCCUGUUUUUUGGCUGAUGAUUUCACAGCCAAACAACAAAUUGAUUCAAUUAUAUUCCAGGCAAUUCCAAACUUUACCAGUUCUGAUAACGAUACUUUAUCAGGGCAACUCAAAAUAAAACCAUAUCUGAUAUAUGAAGCCCAAGCGCUCUGGGACCAGUAUAAUGGGGACUUCCUGUCUCAAACACAAAACCUUUUGAAAGCACGGUGCUUCAAGGCAGCAGAAAAAGUGUUAAUCACAUUCGUCGGUCCGAAGCUGAUCUUAAACGAUAAGGUUUCUAAAAGUAGAUCUGAAUUGCAAGUCCUAUAUACGCUUUUGUCAAAAUUCCCGAGAGAACAAAUGGGCACCUGGGGUGAAGGUCUCGGUGUAUUUGAAAACUAUUUGAGUCUAAUGCUGAAUAAUAAUUACGAGGAAAAACUGCUCGAUUCGUUGCUUGACGGCUUGAGUGUGAUGUUCGAAAGAAAUAAGGAGUACAAGUCAGUUCCGGUAUGUUGUAAUGUGAUGUCACAAGUAAUUAGCUCUAUUAUGAUCGAAAAGCAUUACGUUAAAAUUAAUGAUUUUUACAGGCGAAAACUGUUGAACCUCCCACUGGGAUCCCCGGAGAAAAGGUAUUUAAAGAACCAGCUCGCUGGAAUAAAUUGA